GCGGGCCGGGCGGGCAGUGUUAUGCUGGCGGUGCUGGAGGGAGUCACGCCACGCUGCCUCUCUCGCCCCGCCACUGGGACCGUGCCGCUCGCCGCCAGUCACCACGCCGCCACGCCGCCGCCGCCGCCAUGAAAGUCCUGUCACGCCAUGCUCCUUGACAGCGCCACCAUGACCCCUGCAACUGUGGCUCUGGACGCCGCCACCUAUAGCUAAAACACCUUAAAACCAAAGCAGAAAGACAAAGCAAAGGACUCUAACCCCGAUUACCUUAAACCUCAUCUCCCCCCCACCUCAACCUCCCCUCACGCCCUCUCUCCUCCAAGAGACUCCGAGGGCCGCACACACAUAAAAGUAAUAAGAAAAAUACCUGAGUCCACCAUAAACCCGGGAACCUCCACGCGUUUAGAAAAAGAAAACAGAAGGUGGACAAAAGUUCGGUUCAUGCGGUUCUUGUGACUCUUAGAACGGACUGAGUUUCCAACGUUAUACAGGAACUUCAUACACCUGUCACCUGUGUGCUAAUCAACCAUGGGCCGCUACCUGUUACUCCUGGUGGUGGUGCUGGCAGUCUUCCAGGACCUGUGGGCCAGCGGGGGCCGAACUGAUGGUCUCUCUCGCUGGGGGACGACGUGGGGGAAACACAACCACCGGGGCACCUCGACCAGAUCGCGGUCAACCCACAUGUCGCGCAUCAAACCGGAGCAGCAGAACAACACCGAGAUUCUGGCGCAGGUGGGCGGCAGCGUCACCAUCAAGUGUUACACGCACUACCUCGGCAACGAAAUGGUGACGUGGCUGAAGCGAGACGAGGACCACCUGUUGACGGCCGGCUCGCAGGUGUACUCCUCCGACAACCGCUUCUCCGUGGCGCACAUCAAAAACCAGGACCUAUGGGAAUUGUCGCUGAGGGACGUGCGCCUGUCUGAUGCCGGAUUGUACGAGUGCCAGCUGACCACACACCCGCCCACCUCACUCUUCUUCACCCUCAAGGUCGUGGAGGCCCGGGCGGUUAUCGAGGGGCACCCAUCCAUACACUUCCACAAGGGACACACGCUGCGCCUUCACUGCGUGGUGGAGAGGGCGACCGAAACACCUCAGUACAUCUUUUGGUACCACAACGGCAGCAUGGUGAACUACUACCCCAACCAGCCCGUCAGGAUCAUGAAACACAGGUACAGCAGCACGCUCAUUAUCAACAACCUCACCUGGGACCACGCCGGGGAGUACCGCUGUGAGCCUCACCUGGCCACCUCCGCCUCAAUCAAGGUGCAUGUGACAGGUCCCCCAGCGGCCAUGCAGAACACCGGCGAGGCAAGCGGGGGAGGCAGGAUCAUGAUGGGUGCUGGCGUGGCCCUCUCCCUCUCCCCUCGAACCGUGCCUUGGUCCUCCCUUCAAUGUCUCCUCGUGUGUCUUCUUGUAGCCAGAUGGUGAGGGAAGAGAGACACAACACCGCCUCUCUCCCCUCCUCCACCUCUCCAUCUCUCUCCUCUUUCUUCCUCCACUCCUCGGCAGCUUGAAGCACUGAAAAAAAACAGGAAGGGGAUGAUCUCUCAGCCUCAGUGAUGUUAAUGAUGUUUAAAGGUUUGUUUUUUGUUGAUGUUUUGAAAAGGGAGAAUUAUAUAUCUGGUUAGAAUUGUGAGAAUACUGAUGUUUCUUUCCCCUCUCAAUCUCUUUAUCUUUCUGUCUCCCUGUCUAUCCAUCUAUCUAUCUAUCUGUGUGUGUCUUACGUGCGUGUGUAUAUAGAGAGUUUAGUGGAGUGAGAUAAACGUAUAAAUAAAAUAAGUGAAUAAAUAAAUACAUAAAUACAACUAUACACGUCGUUGAAUAGAUAAUAAUAAAAGGGUUUAAUGUCAUGUGAUAUAGUGGUGUGUGUGUGUGUGUGUGUGUGUGUGUGUGUGUGUGUGUGUGUGUGUGUGUGUGUGUGUGUGUGUGUGUGUGUGUGUGUAAAAUAA